CAAAAUAUGAAUAACAAAACCUAAUGGCUAAAUGAUAAGAGCACCCUUUAAUUGUGGAUGGAUUGAGAGUUCGAAACACUUUGGUACUAAUGUUACAUUCUUAUAUCAUUUAAAAUAUAAUAAAUGUGCAAACCAUAUCAUCAAGAGUUAUGUAGUUCGAAUUUAAGGGUAAGUGUUCAAAACCCGACAACAUCUCACUUUUUCUUAUUAUUAAAAAAAAUAAACCAGUUGGUUUAUCAAGUAAUAUUGGUUUUAUCAAGGUGAACUCCACAAAUGAGUUUUUGUCAUCACCCAAACCAAAUUUAUAACCUGGCACGGUUGAAACAAUUCAACCGGAGGGGCUGCUCCGGGCCAUUUUUAAAAACACUCUCGCAAAGUUGAUGAUCCAUUCAAAAUUGGCACUCAACAAGGUGUCAACGUCCCCAGGUAAAUUGGAGAAAUGAUAUCUUUGCAAUAGUUUUAAUAUGAAGUGUUUUCAAUUUUAGUACCAUAUUAGAAAUAUAUUUUUCAUGUUCCAGCACAAUACUGUUAAUAAUACAUAGCCUGGCUAGCCCGUGAGGUGGUUUUUGAGUUUACACUGACGGUGGUUUUCUGAAAUUUGUCAGAUUGAUGGAAAUCAGUUCGUGUAGAUACUGGAUUACAUACGAUCCAUAAAAUAAUAGUGCAGUACAUCCCACUAUUUUUUUGUAAUUUAUCAAUCCCCGUACUUUGAUGGUGAAUUAAAUCACCUCAAUUACUUUUUGGUUGAGUUAAAAGAGGAAGGAAUCAAGAUACAGAAGUAGGAUCAGGAGUGUGCAUAUGGCCCCUUACAACAAUAUCCCUACUCCAGCUAGAUUGGCUUCUUCUGCUGUUGGUUUUUCAUGUCUUGGUAAAAUACCUUUUAGUUGUUAUUAAAUAGGAAUUCUGCUGUGGUUCUAUUUGUAGUAUUAUGGUUUUGUUAGUUGUUAUGUAUUUAUGCCUUUUUAUACUUUGCCUUUUAUGAUUCAUUAUCAGGGUUGGUUUAAAAAAAAAAAUCAUUUUUUCCAUUUUUAUUUUGUUCAAUGCAGUUUUUGUCCUUGCAUAGCUGAUGAAUCUGAAAGAAGAUCAGAGCAAAGAUGGUAAAAUUUCAUAAAUAGUGGGGAGUGGACCAAUGAUUUAUGGACAAGGAACUUCAGGUGGAGCUGCAAAUUAUUUUUAUGGGAAAAAGUCAUAAGGAAGGAUGCGUGGGAGUGGAAGUUUGAAAGAUUUUUCGAUAGAGAGUUGAGACUUAACUGGAAAAUGUGUGAAAUACCAUGAUUUCUGAUAGGUGAACUAUUUUGAUUUUUGAAUAGUUUUAUAUUUGUUUUUUAUUUUUAUUUUUAUAAUUUAGAGUUGUCAUAGAAAAAAAACUUAUGUGAUGCA